AUGCCUUCGUGGUUUUCUGAUACUUCGUCUUCGAAGUCUUCGACUCGGAAGAGUGGUUCCAAGUCGUCCCCGUCGCGCAAAACAUCUUCCAAAUCUCCCGAGUCCCGCAAGCCAUCCGGCGCAGGGGACCGCUCUGCUGACGAGCAGGCAGGCCAAAAAGAGGUCAAAUCUGUUUGGGAAAUAGUCAAGAGCAGGAAUGGCAAUCCCCAAACCAUGAUUCUUGCCGUUGUCAAGCAGGAGCAUGAAAAACCGUUGCUGAAACUUGCCAAGCAAGCCAAUACAAAACCCCCAGGUUCUAUGAUCGUCAUCGCCACACCAGAGAGUCUCCAGGGAAAACUCGAUUAUUAUGCCAACAAAGGGUUCAGAAUACUCCAUCUUCUGGUCAGCUCGUUUGUCAAGUCCAUCACUUACAGCAUCUCCAAGGCCGUGAAGGACGUCUCCGUCGCCUGCUGCGGAACUCUCUUCACCGGACGACCCGACAUGCUAAGUAUUGGUAGUUCAUCGACCUACUGCGACGUCAAGACCUGGGCCUGGGACCGACGGCCGGAGGGCGAGCUUCGCACUGGUGGCUAUAACAUCACCCACGGGGAGGGAUGCCACUUCGAUCUCAGCGGCAAUGUCGACGAGGUCAGAAGGCUAUACACUGAGCCACCAAUGAUGUCCACCAUGACGGAUGAGGAUAUGGAAGCAAUCAAAGUCAGGUUCGGCGACUUCCAACAUGAGAGCAUGUCCGGACCACCGCGAUCGAACACGGGUGGCAGCAGACCAGUGAGUUCAGACAGUGUGCUGCCAUCUCCGACCCCUGGCACUGAUGAGACAGAGAACUGGUUCAAUAAAUGGAGAUCCCUACUGGCCGUCAUCCUAGGCGCCGGAGCCGGUGUUGUUGGUGGUAUUGGCGCAAUUUGGUGUGGCGCUGGAGGCGUCUUCAUCAAAGGGCCAUUUGGCCUCUUCUUGGCAGCUGGAUACUUCAACUGCGCCGCCAUUGGGGGAGCUUGCAUGGCAGGUGGUGUCACAGCUAUUGCUGCUGCGGCCGUUGUGUAUUUCGUUCCGUGGGAAAAGGUGUUCGCAUAUGUCAAGCAGACGCUGUGGAAGAUCUGGGACUAUAUCUGCGAAGUGGUGACCUGGAUCUGGGAGAAGAUUAAGGGCAUGGCCAGCACUGUAGUCUCCUUCUUCUAG